CUCCAGCUCCGGCUGGGAGCUGGCAGAGCCUGCGGGAGCCCAACAGUGCCGGGCACCGGGGACCGACCACAGCUCCGCUCGCCGCGGCGAGCCCGGUACCCAGCACCCCGAGCAUCCCUCCAGCCACCACCCCCCAGCAUGCCCCCCGAGUUACCCUUCGGGUGAAGAGUUCUUGCUAUUUUGGGGUGAGGGCACCCAGAAACAAGCCCUCGGCUUGCAGGACAAGGUGACCGAGGGACCCCAGCGUGAGCGGGGAGGGGACCGGAGCAUCAUGGCACACCCGGUCUCAGCCUUCCAGGCUGCCUACAUCUCUAUCGAAGUCCUUAUCGCCUUGGUGUCUGUGCCGGGGAAUAUCCUGGUCAUUUGGGCUGUGAAGAUGAACCAGGCGUUGCGGGAUGCCACUUUCUGCUUCAUCGUCUCACUGGCAGUGGCCGAUGUGGCCGUGGGGGCCCUGGUCAUCCCCCUGGCCAUCAUCAUCAACAUCGGACCGCAAACGGAGUUUUACAGCUGCCUUAUGGUGGCCUGUCCCGUCCUCAUCCUCACUGAGAGCUCCAUCCUGGCGCUCCUGGCCAUCGCCGUGGAUCGAUACCUGCGGGUGAAGAUCCCUGUCAGGUAUAAGACCGUGGUGACACCCCGGCGGGCAGCAGUGGCCAUCGCUUGCUGUUGGAUCGUCUCCUUUCUGGUGGGACUCACCCCUAUGUUUGGCUGGAACAACCUGAACAAGAUGCAGAGGACUCAGGAGCUGAACGCCAGCCACACGGAGUUUGUCAUCAAGUGCCAGUUUGAGACGGUCAUCAGCAUGGAGUACAUGGUGUACUUCAACUUCUUUGUUUGGGUCCUGCCUCCCCUGUUGCUGAUGCUGCUCAUCUACCUGGAAGUCUUCAACCUCAUCCGCAAGCAACUCAACAAGAAGGUCUCCUCCAGCUCCAGCGACCCCCAGAAGUAUUAUGGGAAGGAGCUGAAGAUUGCCAAGUCAUUAGCGCUGGUCCUCUUCCUCUUCGCGCUCAGCUGGCUCCCUCUGCAUGUCCUCAACUGCAUCACCUUGUUCUGCCCAUCCUGUGAGACGCCGCACAUCCUCACCUACAUCGCCAUCUUCCUCACCCACGGCAACUCGGCCAUGAAUCCCAUCGUCUAUGCCUUCAGGAUCAAGAAGUUCCGGACAGCUUUCCUGCAGAUCUGGAACCAGUACUUCUGCUGCAAAACCAACAAAAAUGCCAGCACCACCACGGCUGAGCCAGGCAACUAGGAGCUGGAAGAGAGCAGAGAGGGUCCUUUGUGCCCAGCCCGGUCCCCAUCUGGCUGCUGUUCCUGCUGUCAAGGGAAGAGGAGGCUGGGUUCACCAGCCCUGUGCAAUCCGAACAGCCGUGUCCCCCAGCUGCCCCAGGGGAUUAUUUAUUCACAAGCAUCGUACUGUUUUGAUAUUGUAGCCUGCACUGUUCCUUUCCUUUUUUUUUUUCCUGUUUGUUUUUGGUUUUGUUUUUCAUUUUUUUAAAGGUUGCCAAGUAUUUAAGGAGAAAUUGUACAGACAAAGGCGCAGUUUAUCUUCAUGCAAAUAAAGUAAAAUGAUAAAAACCA